AUGCUUAAGAUUUCACCGUGGAAAUGCGUAGUUCGUUUUGGAAAGCGAGGGAAGCUAAGUCCUCGUUAUAUUGGUCCGUACAUGAUAACUAAAAGUGUAGGUGAGGUUGCCUAUAAGUUGGAACUACCUGAAGAACUUCAAGGCAUCCAUAACACGUUUCACGUAUCUAAUUUAAGAAAGUGUUUGGCGGAUGAGAGCACCGAGGUAACUCUUAAGGAUAUAAAGGUGGACAAAAUACUAAGUUAUAUUGAACAACCAGAGGCAAUUACCGAUAGAAAAGUGAGGAAGCUAAGAAACAAAGAAAUUUCUCUCGUGAAAGUCCAACGGAAACAUCAUACGGGGCCAGAAGCAACUUUGGAACCCGAGAAAAAUAUGAGGUUGAAAUACCCUCAUUUAUAUGCAUGA